UGUGACUGCAAAGCAUUCUGGGAGUGGGUGUUGGCCUUCCGUCUCAUGACCUUCUUAAUCAUAAUGUUUAUUCCUUUUCUGGUAUGAGAUUGAUUUCUUUCCUCUGAUUAAUGCCCAUUUCAAGGUGAUCCCGUACACUGAUUUGUUCGUGACUCGGCCGUUUUUUGUUCUACCUAUUUAAUUACCAACCUGUCGCGGAUGGUUUACACCAGUUUACACUGCACGCUUAUGCCGCUUGCCUUUCUCUUUUUCGAUUGUAGAACUAUAGUAAUUUUUUUUUUGCCUUUGAAGGGUGACAACCAACAUCUCUUUCAUGCGAGAACGAAAAAAGAGGCAGGAGCAAGAGUGGACUGGUUAGUCUAUCGUAAAUCCCCUUUGGCUGUGGACGGGUCCAUCGUGUGUUCUUAGAAAUUGUGCAACUCAAGAACGAAUUCCACCCAGAUAUUUUGAAGUAGUCGCCAGUGGUUUGCUACUCCUCACUCAUCAAGCACGGUAUAAGUAAUCGUCUUAAUUAAAACAGAUUAAAAGAAUUGCAGUUAAUUAAACAAAGACAGGGUUUGUUUCGCCAUUCCAAAGAGUCGAGGUGAAAACCCAGACAAACCUGUUUUUGUUGUCAGAACACGAAGAAUUUAAGGAAAUGUUGGCUUCAGCAAUAAUAUUUGCGACUGCUGUCGCACUGGUAUCGGCAAACAACGCUCCAACCUAUCCUAGUGAUGUCUCCAGUACGGCCGGCAAUUCUUAUGAGAGUUAUCCUCCGUUUAAUGGUGCAAAAGUUCCACAAAAUGGGAAACCAUCUAAUUCUUCUUAUCCUGAUGAUGGCUGUGGAGACUAUUCUGUCCGAUUUAAAGGCGAUGGAUACUGUUAUCCUCUUCUGAAGAAAGGCCCUUGCGAGAAUGUGUUGUUUUGGAUUACGGUCGACCCGUAUACUUAUGAGGGAAUAUGUACUCCUCGCCUUUGUGGUAGAGAAAAAGUGUUCGUCGGUCGAGAUGGUCUUUGUCACGAUAUUUACGAUACUAAAGAGUGCCGAGGAGGUAGGCGUCUUUAUUACUCGGCUUACGGAGAUCCAAUUUGUGAUUGUCCUGUUGGGCAAUAUCCAUUCCCAUCAGAGGAUGACGAUUGCGUUCCUUUAUUUACCCAAGGGCCGUGUCCAACCAAUCAGGUUGUAUCCGUUAGUGCAUCGGGUAAAUUAGAGUGUGCCCCCAACACUUGUCAACUAGUUGAUAGAUAUCAGGACUUCCUCCUGCAAUUGGUCCCGGUUAAACAAUCAAGAAUAAGUAACGAUGACGAAGACGAUGAAUAUGGAUACUGCUAUGCGUUAGGCACUCGAGGACCUUGCUCACCUUCUGAACUUUUUGGUUACAACAUCUUUAGCUCUCAGGGAGAGUGUGUUGACAUGGAUGACCCUAGAACGCCAUACUUUUCUUCUCCGGAAGAGAACGCAAUUUUAGAUGAUGUCUUUGAUCGGGCCGCAAACGAACCCAUAAAAACAAAGAAUAACAAAAGUAAUACGUUUUUUCGUGCACAACGUUUAUCAAGAAAACGAAGACAAGGACCCAAUACUUUUGGGAUAUUCCAACAGCCAAGUAGAAUUCCAACAUCUCUCCUAAAUCCCUGCCAAACUGGCGGUCGAAACGGAAAUAAUUUCAAGUGUGCAAAUCCUUUGGUUCCUAGUAGACCCGUCCGCGACGUUAGUCAGCCUGUCAGUCCUGCUUUCGGUUGCCGACCAAAUGAUUUCUUGCAAGCUACUGGACAAUGCGGUGGCAACCGUGGGCCAGCUAGCUGCGGACCUUCCUACCAAUUCAUCCCAGCUACAAACCAAUGUAGACCAAUACGCUUUUGAUAAGGAAUUGCCUGAAAAAGAUUCGAUACAGUUAUAUUAUUAAAUUCCGAUAAUUUGAAUUUCGGCCUGGUAUCCUUUUCGUAAUUAAUUGUUCCGACUAUCUCACUUGGAAAACUUAUCUAUUUUAGGAAACAAACCGGCAUAUAAGUAAUUAAACAAGAUAGUGGAUAAUCCUAAAAUUCACUUCUCAAUAUUUGUAUAAGAAAUUUCGUAAUUGAUGCGAAAAUACAAGUCUCUUGAUAUCGCA